AUGCUGGUGGUGGGCGGUAUCCCGCUGUUCUACAUGGAGCUGGCGCUGGGUCAGUACCACCGGAAAGGCGCCAUCACCUGCUGGGGCCGACUUGUGCCUCUUUUUAAAGGUAUCGGUUACGCCGUAGUACUGAUAGCAUUCUACGUGGACUUCUAUUACAACGUGAUCAUUGCGUGGGCGCUUCGAUUCUUCUUCGCCUCAUUCACCACCCUGCUCCCGUGGACUAACUGCGACAACGACCGCGCUAUACUCGAACUGCACGGCAGCGAAGGUCUCCACGACUUGGGCUCCAUCAAGUGGGAUAUGGCUUUAUGCCUGCUGGCCGUGUACUUCAUCUGCUAUUUUUCCCUGUGGAAGGGUAUCAGCACUUCGGGGAAGGUGGUUUGGUUCACAGCUUUAUUCCCAUACGCGGUACUUUUGAUUCUUUUGGUUCGUGGCAUCACACUUCCUGGCUCUGCAAUGGGCAUCCAAUAUUACUUGAGUCCGAAUUUUGAAGCCAUCACGCAACCUCAGGUGUGGGUGGAUGCGGCCACUCAGGUCUUCUUUUCUUUGGGACCUGGCUUCGGUGUACUUUUGGCUUAUGCGUCGUACAACAAGUAUCAUAACAACGUUUACAAUGUGUUAGGUUAUAUGGCGCUUGCAUCGGGCAGGGACGUGCAGGAUGUGGCAACUGAAGGACCAGGAUUGGUGUUUGUGGUAUAUCCCGCGGCAAUAGCUACCAUGCCAGGCUCUACCUUCUGGGCUCUCAUAUUUUUCAUGAUGCUGCUGACGCUUGGACUGGAUAGCUCUUUUGGCGGAUCUGAAGCUAUUAUAACGGCAUUGAGCGAUGAAUUCCCACCAAUUGGACGUCACCGAGAGAUUUUUGUGGCUUGUCUAUUCACACUUUACUUCUUCGUCGGCCUAGCAUCAUGCACUAAAGGCGGGUUUUAUUUCUUCCAACUGCUCGACCGUUACGCCGCUGGAUAUUCCAUACUGGUUGCCGUUUUCUUUGAAGCAAUCGCUGUUUCUUGGAUUUAUGGUAAGAUAACUUUAAAAGAAACAGGUACAGGUACCGAGAGAUUUUGCGAAGAUAUCCGAGACAUGAUCGGGUUUAGGCCCGGUGUGUACUGGCGAUUCUGUUGGCGUUUUGCGGCGCCUGCGUUUCUUCUGUUUAUAACAGCGUACGGACUGUUGGACUAUGAGCCGCUGCAGUAUGAGGGUUACGUGUACCCCGCGUGGGCUAACGCUCUCGGUUGGGCUAUAGCAGGCAGCAGUCGACUUCGUAUUUUGACGACACCGUACGCGGACACCGAGGCUGCCGGCGCAGCUAACGGCAUGGUUGUAUCUGAGAGUGGCGCUGUACGGUUGGCAGGGGGACAUGCACCGCCCUCCCCACCCCCCGCACCACCCCCCUCCGCGCCGCAGCUCGUCUGA